AACCGCAUCUGCUGCCAGUCCGGCAGGAAGCGCGGCCCGUACCGAGUGAGGAGGGGGUGUCGACCGGGCGGGCGUCGGCAUGGAGUCCGGGAGCCGGCCCGAGGCGGCGGCGGAAGAGAAGCCGGAGGGGCGUGGCCCGCCGGACGAGGAGGACUUGGAGCACCGCGUGAAUAGGCGGCGGUUCAAGUGCAUGGAGUUCGCGCUGGUGGCCAAGUGCGACACCACCAUGGCGCACACCUUCCUGCGCGAGAACGGCUGGGAGAUGCAGAAAGCACUCAGCGCCUUCUUCGAGCCGCCUGAGAACGACCCCGCCUGGCCGAAGCAGCCCCCCGCCUUCUUCAAGUCCGAGGCCUAUGUUGACCUGACCAACGAGGAGGAUGAAGCUGAUACCACCGUUCUGGAAACCUGCCCGGUAGGAAUUAAUCUAGCCGAGAGCACCAUUGUCUCCUUCAUUACCUGGAAUAUUGAUGGAUUGGAUGGAAACAAUCUACCACAGAGAGCUCGAGGGGUGUGUUCCUCCUUAGCUUGGUAUGGUCCAGAUUUGAUAUUUCUACAGGAAGUUACUCCCUCAUACUGUGCCUACCUGAAGAAGAGAGCAAGCAGUUACAGGAUCAUUACAGGUAACGAAGAAGGCUAUUUCACAGCUAUACUGUUGAAGAAACAGAGAGUGAAAUUUAUAAGUCAAGAGAUUGUUCCUUUUCCAAAUACCAAAAUGAUGAGAAACCUUUUAUGUGUGCAUGUAAGCUUGACUGGACGUGAAUUCUACCUUAUGACAUCCCAUUUGGAGAGCACCAGAGAACACGCCGCGGAACGAAUGGAUCAGUUGAGAAUAGUUUUUCAGAAAAUGCAAGAGGCCCCCGAGUCAACGACUGUCAUAUUUGCAGGAGACACAAACUUAAGGGAUCAAGAGGUGACUAGGUGUGGUGGCCUGCCCAGCAAUGUUUUUGACGCCUGGGAGUUCUUGGGCAGGCCGAAGCAUUGUCGGUACACGUGGGACACACGCACCAACACUAACCUCAGAAUCCCUGCUGCUUGUAGCCAUCGUUUUGAUAGGAUCUUUUUCAGAGCAGAAGAGGGCCACCUUCUUCCCCAAAGUUUAGACCUUGUCGGGAUGGAAAAGCUAGACUGUGGGCGAUUCCCUAGUGACCACUGGGGCCUCCUGUGCAGCUUUCAUGUGGUGCCGUGAGCCACUUUCCUGAACGCUGGUGGUUCUGGGUGUUUGCAGAUCUGAAGGGUGUGGAGAGCCAGAUGUGAUGGAUGAUUGAGGAGCUGUGUCAGUAGAGGUCAUUAAAGAGCAAACCGCCCGGCUCUUGGCUGCAUUGCUUCUGUUUCCUUAAUUCAGGCCAUGGUGUCCGCAGUAAGUAGAUAGCAACUGUCUGUCAGAUGGGGUCUUUGUGAACUGUCAUGUGUGAUGACAGAGUCUCCAUUUCAGUCUGGUAACUGCUGGUCAGUGUCAGUUUUGUUGUUGUGUGACACAGGCUUGCAGGUGAAACCCAGCUCUACAGCAACAUGGAGACAGGGUCUCAUGGAGACCAGUCUGUCUGGCCAGUCACUCAAACCCUUCUGCCCCUCCCUCCUGAGUGCUGGGAUUAACGAUGUGCAUGGAAAUUUUGUUUUGUUUUCUUUUUUUUUUUUUUUGAGAGGAAAAGUCAUGGAGAAAGAAACUUUGAGUUUUGUUGCUGGUAAGAAGAAAAAAUUUUGCAGGAAGUGAAUCCAGAAUACUUUUUUGUAAGACUUAAAUGUUCUUUAAAGAAAAUAUCCACAAGAGAAGUGUACUGUAAAUAAAGCAUUUUACUUGUCAUA